AUGUCAAUCAUGAGAAGCUCCAUCAUGCGCAGCAGCCGCACCGCUGUUUCGCAACCUCUGCGUUCAACAACCUUCAUUCGCAGCUAUGCCAACAAGCAGAACAUGGACGCAAAUCAAGGCCAGAGCAGCCCCGGCACCGCCUCCAACGUCGGCAACCCCGUCAGCUCAAGCCCAGAGUCAAACAAGAUCAACCAGUCGCGCGCCACCGAUGCCCGUACCGGUUCGCCCGAUACCGCCAGUGUGCAGACCCCCGUCAGCAACCCCAAGGGUGCAGCCACUGGACAGCAGGGAGAAGACAGCAGCACACAGCAGGCCUUCAAGCAGGAUCCCAACGCUCCCGCCAGCGAGAAGAGAAAGAAUGUCGAGGCUAAGGGUCAGCGUCCUCUUGACCCUGCCGACAAAGCAGAAGCACAUCCUGCUGUUCAAAAGCAUUUAUCUUCGGAUCACCUAUCCUUGAAGCUAAUAUUCAUAUUUGACAACAUCCAAAAUACAGGUAGGCGGCAAUGUGAAGAAGGCCUACGCAGUACGAGUACACGCCAUCCAUCCUGCAAAGCUCAAGACAUCAUGCCGAUCAGAACCGUCCUCUUUGACUUCAUGGGAACCUGCCUCGACUGGCACUCCAGCAUCAUCGCAGCUCUACCUCAAGACAUACCAGAACAAGACCGUUCUUCUUUCGCUCUACAAUGGCGACAGACCUACUUCGACGCUAAUACCAAGCGCAUAGCCGAUGGCUUGCCGACCGAAAACAUCGACGUUACCCACUCCAAGACAUGGGAUCAGAUGCUGACAAAGGACUCUUUCGCGAACUACCUGCCACUACUUCAGACAGUCGGGGUCAAAGAUAGAUGCAUAACUGCCUGGCAUUCGCAACAAGCAUGGCCAGACGUCGCUCUUGCACUACAGCGUUUGCGUGAUGAAGGCUAUGAGGUCGUGGUUCAUGCGAAUGGCACCACACGCUUACAGCUUGACUUGUGUCGCUCCUCUGGCUUGCAGUUCGAUGCAUUAUUUUCAUCGCAACUACUCGGGGUGUACAAGCCUGCGAAGGAGAAUUAUCUGAAAGCGUUGGAGUUGUUGCAGAGAGAUACUUCUGAGUGUGUCAUCGUAGCUGCACAUGCGUAUGAUUUGCGUGGAGCGAAAGCUGUAGGAAUGAAGACUGUGUAUGUUUAUCGAUGGACUGAUGAUGUGAAGGAGAAUCAGGAAGUGGUGAAGAAAGAGAAUGAGGCGUGGUUAGAGAAUAUGGAUAAUCUCGAUCAAGUCAUCGGGAGUCUCUAG